CUUGAAGGAGCAGAUCAUGACGACUAACGUGUGGGUGGACCAUCAGUGGAGUGACCACAAGUUCCAGUGGGACCCAGAGGAGUACGGCGGCGUGAUGGAGCUCUACGUCCCCUCCGAGAUCAUCUGGCUGCCUGAUAUUGUCCUCUAUAACAACGCUGACGGGGAGUACAUCAUCACUACCAUGACCAAGGCCGUCCUCCACCACAAUGGGAUCGUCACUUGGUCUCCUCCGGCCAUCUUCAAGUCCUCCUGUGUGAUAGACGUCCGGUACUUCCCCUUCGACCAGCAAGACUGUUUCAUGAAGUUUGGUUCUUGGACUUACGAUGGGUACCAGAUCGACCUGAAGCACUUAGACCAGAAGGACGGGACGGACAGGGUCGACGUGGGCAUCGACCUCCGGGAGUAUUACCCUUCUGUCGAGUGGGACAUUAUGGGGGUGCCAGCCGAGAGAAACGAGAAGUAUUACCCCUGCUGCAUAGAGCCCUACCCAGAUAUCUACUUCAACAUCACGUUACGAAGGAAGACGCUCUUCUACACCGUCAACCUUAUCAUCCCCUGCGUGAGUUUAGAGUACCUGUCGGUGUUGGUGUUCUACCUGCCGGCGUACUCUGGUGAAAAGGUGGCUCUGUGCAUCAGUAUUCUCCUCUCUCAGACUAUGUUCUUCCUCCUCAUCUCGGAGAUUAUGCCCUCCACUUCCUUGGCUAUGCCGCUGCUAGGCAAGUACCUCCUCUUCACCAUGCUGCUCGUCGGCCUCAGCGUCAUCGUCACCAUCAUCGUCCUCAACAUACACUACCGCAAGCCUUCCACGCAUCGCCUCGCUCCCUGGGUUAGAAAGCUCUUCAUCGACACACUACCGCCGCUGUUACUCAUGCGGGUACCUAAGAAGGACGAGACGAUUGCGGAGGCGCAGGAACUCCCGGGCAGGAGGCCUCGAGAGAACGGCAGUGGGGCCAAUCUCAACGACUGGUUCAGGGAGCGACAACAGCAGUUCCCAGGAUCUUCCUUCAACGGCCUACGUCCCCCAGGUGGUGGGGGCUGUCCUGGGGGCCUGAGAGCUGCGGGGCUGUGCGGGCUGGGGUCUGGUGUCCCUAGCGGAGACAUUGACGAAGAUGGUCUGCCCAGCGCGCCAGGGAUGUCUGGGGGAGGGGUGUUCGAGGCACCGUACGGAGACCUGCCGGAGUGCUUCCACAUCUCCCCGGAGUCCCAGGCGCAUUACCCUUACGAGAUCAAGCGGGCCAUCUACAACGUCAAGUUCAUCCACUAUCACCAGAUGCAGCAGGACAAGUUCGAUGAGGAGGACGAUGACUGGGCGUUCGUGGCGAUGGUGCUGGACCGUCUUCUGCUGUGGGUGUUCGGCCUCACGUCUGUCCUGGGAACUAUUGUCAUCCUCUUCGAGUCUCCCUUCCUCUACGACUCCACCUCCCCUAUAGACAUGGUCCAUAGCGAGGUGGCACGCCUCCAGUUCCAGCAACAAGACAUUGAUUUCUAAACAUAAUAAAAAUAGGUGAAAUACAAGGAACAAAACUACGAGCAACAGAUGAGUGUACAGGCGCGUGAAGCGUUGACUUUGUUUUUCCUAUACUGUCGUGUGCUGCUUGGAGUGAGUCAGUGAAAACACGACAACUAGUGACGCUAUACUACGUGUGUGCGUGUGUGUGUGUGCGUGUGUGUCUGUGUGUGCUUGUAUCAUGCUGUGUUUUACGGUACACUCGUAUCCACGCAGGUGUUUAUACCCAGAAUAAUCGCUCAAUUAACAGGUGUGUCUAGGUGAGAGAGGGACGCGCUGCUGGGGACAAUAAACAAAGGAGCAGCUCUCGUGGACACCUGAGCUCACAGCAGCGUCAUGGACACCUUGUUUAUGUAGGUUUUGUAUUUUUAGAUCAUCUGUUACUGUAGCCAAGAACAACUUUGUUCCAUGUGUGUGUGUGUGCACGUGUGUAUUAUAUAUACAAAUAUAUAUUAAGCUAAACAAAAUGUAAAAAUAUACAGAUUAUGUCGAAAUUCACAAAAUUAUACCUGACUGAAUCAGAAAAAUACACUUGCAUAAUAAUGAGGACUGCAUGUAGGAAGAUGCCGCCAUCUAUACCUCCCUGGGUCCUGGUGUGUGUGUGUGUGAGAUAGGAAGUCAGGACCAAUAGGUUGGAUGG